AUGAAGCUUGCUGGUACACUCGCCGUUGUCCUCGCUUGUGCGACUUCCCUUGUGGCUGGCGCUCCUGCAUCUGGUCGCAACGGUAACAACAUCGCGGACAGUGCCGCCGGUCUCGCCAACAGCAUCCAAGGCGGAGACGGCAAGGACAUUGCCGACAGCGCCAUCGGCCUUGCUUCGAGCAUCCAGGGCAACAAGAACAACAAGAACAACGGCGGUGCCGCUGCCCCUCCGGCGCAGAACGCCUCGGGUGAUGAUGCCUCUCCUCCGGCAAAGGGCAAGCAGGGCGGCGGUAACAAUAUUGCAGACAGUGCUGCUGGCUUGGCCAACAGCAUUCAGGGCGGCAAUGGUGGCAACAUUGCCCAGAGCGCGGUGGAUCUCGCCUCGAGCAUUGUUGGCAGCAUCGGUGCCUAG